AUGUUUGAGCCAAGUCGGCUUGAGGAUCAACGAAUUGACGGGACCAGUGAAGGGCAGAAGGGAUGUCCUCGUGUGUGGGUGCCGCGGGACAGUGGCUCAGACAAGGGCAGAAGUAGUCUGGACUGUUGGCAAAUGGGCGCAUGGGACUUCUGCGCUCUACGCCCAUGGCACCUUAAAGUUGCGCCAGAGUUGCAGCUCGACGACCCCAGGAUCAACCGGCUACAUGAAGUCUGUUCAUGGGCCAUGGUUCUUGUCUUCGGCUUUACCCUGGUAUGGAUCGGCAAUCCGACUGCCGACUCCAUCUCCCACACGGGUAUUUUCAAGUUCGGUUAUGACAACGAAUUGCCUGAAGAUGAUGCAAAUCUCCACGACCAUAGCAUGUCCAAGGUGCUCAAAGGCAAAGCACCAAGUGACUACGACUACUGUCAGAACUCCAAGCACUACGGUUGUCAAGAGCCUCAUGAAGAACAGGAGGUAGCAGGCUGCAUGGGGGUCUCGAAUGCUGACCACUAUGUGUCGCGAAUCCGGGAAACUGAUGGGGACGGUAUCUUUCUGCCAACAGUGUGGUCCAACACGACAGUCGUCAUGAAGACAUAUGGUGCAGGAUGUGAAAAUUUGACAGGUUGCACGUCGACUCGAGAAUCCGUGCGUAAGUUCAUACCAGGAAUUUUGGAUUAUGGCUUUGUGAGCUUCAAGCUGCUGCCAAGGUUGGAUAGAGUAGAUUGGAAGGAUGUCAAUGCUCCACUAUGCCGGUUUGACAAGGCUGAUACGCACUUCGAGAAAGCGCUGAAUCUGGCUGGAUCAAUGCACUGCCGUGCGGUACUUCACAAUGCCAAUGCCGCGGUACAUGUGGAUCAUUCCUUUAUCCACGUGGGAAGGUGGGGCACCAUGCACUUGAGUGUUCCAAGGUUGAUGGAAUCGGUUGCUGAUCAUCGCUACGACAGCUUCGCGAAGUUUUCGCAAAAGUUCUGGAAGUUGCGGGAAGAGAUUGCUGGCUUUGAGAGCAGCCUACCCGGGAGGCACAGGAGCAAGUUCAGGCAGUUGGUGCGCGACUUGCAGGAGGGCAAGACCGACAAUCUGCAGCAAGUUGAGGAAUCGUUGGCUUUAGAAGACUCCACAGAUUAUGAGCGGUUGAAACGAAACAUCGCGGAUACACGCACCCAGUACUAUGAAGGAAUGGGAGGCAGCCCGUAUUCCGUGUUCUUGAAUGGCAAAGGUUUCGCAGACAUCCCUGUUGAUGGGCCAACAUGGCCUGCCUUUAAGCUUGUUGACGAACCCAAACAGCACGACCCCAACAUUUGCUCCCCACGAAGCCGCGGUGGCAAGUUUUCCAUUAGUGCGCGCACUGUGCCUCGGAAUCCUUCAAUCCAAGAGUUCAACGGAGAUGUCAUGGAUUUCGUCAAGACAUGGGUACAGUGCUGGCUCGGCCUGAUAGUCUAUGAUGAGAAGAAGCGCGAGUACCAUUGUUUUGAGGUGCAAAUCACGAUCCGCUAUUUCCGAACGCUGUCUUAUUCUCAGCAGGAGCGGUCGCAGGAGGACGAUGGUUCUCUUGUGCGAAAGGAGUAUUCAACAUCCGGCUUUGCAUUCAUUUUCCAGGGAGAGCGAGACUUCGUGAGAAGAUUUGAUCCACGUGCGUUCAUCUAUGCUCUAGUUUCGUAUGUAGCGAUUUUUCAAUUCCCCACCAGGCUCUGCAGAUUCAUUGCGGAGCACUUUGGGCCCGCUCGACAUAUCUAUAGGAACGCAUUCAAACGCAGAUUCACUCUGAGCCAUGAGAUCGUUUCCUGGAUGGUGCGACGCAGCAGCGCACUGUCGACCUUUGAGAAAGUCGCAGACGCCACGGACAGGGGAUACGGGCUCCGUGUCGACGACAUCGUGAGAGGACUGAAGAAGACCUUGCAUGAAGCCGAUGAGCGAGAACAGGAGCUUGCAGAUGACGCAGUUCAGGAGCUGGCUGAAUUUUUGGUGAAGAAGUCCCGUAAAGAAGACGAAGAAGAAGACGAGGAAUCAGACGACGUUGGCUCGAAUGCUUCGGCCGAGCCGUCCAUCCCAAAGCAGACUUUUAUCGAGCUGUUCGAGGAGACUGAGGUGCUUACCACACAGCAACUGGCUCGCUGGCACGCACGCAAGGGCCACAAAGACCAAAGCCUGUUGUCUGAUAUUCUGUACCAGUUCGAUGAGCAAGUGAAGCGACCUAUCGGUGAUGCGAUUGAUAAGGUUUCAGAGGCGGGGCUGAGCCCCUCUAGGUGUGGGCGGCGUGAGGAUUCCGAUGAAGAAUCCCAGUCCAUCCUUCUUAGCCAGCCCGAAAAGAGCUCGCGAGACCCGAGGAAUGUUGUUGGUACGGGCCGGUGA